AUGGGAAAUGGCGUCCUCAGGCGCUAUCGUACGAGACCAGAGGCUGACAAUGACUCCUGGCGCAAGCCCAAGCAGAAGGGAGGCGCAGCCAACAAGGAGAAGGUGCAUGACUGUGUUCCGGAGGGCGGUGAGGGGGAGGGGACCUUCAUGUCAGAUGCUUCAUUAGAUGUCUUUAGCUUCCAGUGCCUACACCUCGAGUUUUAUCUUCUGCAGGCCGCCGCCGUGGCCACCGCAACAGGCCACAGCAGCUCUCCUUUGCCAAGGACGAGGUGUUGGGAUGCGAUCGCGUGGCCCCAGCUAUACAGAACAGGGGCCUUCGCUUGGUUUGCAUCAGCGACACGCACGGUCAGCAUCGAGAGCUUAAACUGCCAGAUGGGGAUGUUCUCAUUCAUGCAGGCGAUUUCACCCAAUACGGGCGAGAAGAGCAUGCACGCGACUUCAACAGUUGGCUGGCAGAUCAAAAGCACAAGACGAAGCUUGUUAUUCUGGGGAACCAUGAAGCCAAUGCGGACUGGGCCAAGCGCGCCGAGGAGGUGCUCUCCAGCGCCACCCUGCUCCGCCAGGCACCCUUUGACUUGGAGGUUCCGGGCUCAACGGCUCCACUUCGCUUCUUCGGUACUGACUUCUUCUGGCCUUGUAAGGGUCGCAAUCCCUACUUCGACCAGAUCCCAGACAACACGGAUGUCGUGCUGGCUCACGGGCCCGCAAAGGGCUGUGCAGAUGGAGACAAGGGAUGCGCUUCUUUGCUACAGGAGCAGCUCAACGAUAUUGAUCAAUGCUGCAAACUGCGGCAGUGGGCGGCAAGAGCGAGCGCUCAUCCAUGGGCCUGUGGUCGUCGACAUCUGCCGAAUACCCAGCUUGAUCCAGCUUGUGCCCUGCGCUUGGCGCAUCUACUCCAACCUUGUCGCUCCGCCAGCCAAAGAUGCCAAAGAUGCUGCCAAAGCUGCAGAGACUUGGCUGGCGGGCGGCCCCAAGGGGCUGGGCGGCUUGAGCAGCUCCGGUGGCGGCGCCGGUGGCGGCAGCGGUGCCGCUAGACCAGGCGCAGGCCUGGCCAGCAUUGGCAAGUCAGGUAGCCAGGUUCCUGUUUCUCCAUCGAGCACGGCACCACAGGAGGAUGAUGAUGACAAUGACCUGGCGGGCUUCUCCGGCCUCGCCGACGCAGCAAACAAGGUGUGGGAUGACUUGAUGGCUCGCAAGGGUGGCAUCAAGGGAAAGCAAGACAUGAACUCUCUGUUCGGCCUUGCAGAGCUGAAGGAUGCUGUGGAGCGGUCCGUGAAACGGACAAAUGUGCUGCAGCAGCAGGUGGAUGACGCUUCGUCGAACCUCGAGGACAAGCAGGCUUCCAUGGAAGAUCUUCGGCGGAAGAUCGAGGCCAACACCAGCACUGCGAAUGUGCACUGGAAGCUAGGCGACAUGGCUGUGCGACGGGGAAAAGGCUUGUGUGAGCUCAGCAUGGUGCAGAUGCACAUCCAGCCUCCCUGCUUCGAGGUUCGAAUGUUGAGCACCGGCACCAUUGUCAGCACAGAGUACGAGAAACUCGUGCCCCUCAGCUCGCAGCAGCAGGUCGCAGCACGAUCAGCUCUAAAGGAGCUCGAGGAGGCCAAGGGGCGGCUGGCGGCCGCUGAGGAGGGCCUCUUGCAGGCCCAGGAGGAGCUUCGGCAGCAGCACCAGAGCCUCACCGAGCAGGUGGAGGUGAAGCUGAAGGAGCCCCUGGCACCGCCCGGUAUGCCUGACUUUGGCUACCUCCAGAAAGCGAACGCGCAGUCGUCGAAGGCGGACGCUGCGGCUUAUCCAGAGGUGAAGGGGGUCAAGGAAGACCUGCGCAAGCCAGCUGCUGCAGCUCGUGAGGCUUCAAAGGAUCACAGUCGAGCGGAUCCUGGAACUCCGGUGAGCAGCAGCGCAGGAAACACGCUGCCUCGUCAGGCACCCGGUGGGCCGGCGGGGUUUCCAUCCUUCCAGGAUCUCAACAGGAUGCAAAAGGAGGCAGAGGACCGGAGCAAGACAGAGGCUGCACGGGCAGCCUCAUACCCGGCGCCGCAUGCCACGCGCGAGGUCUUCAGUAAACCGGAGGGAGCUGACCGUUCUGGGUCCACCGCCGCCGGCUCAGGCACCGGCCCCAGCACUGCCGGUCAGGAGCCUCCCGGUCGGACCACCCCGAGCGAGAUGCCAUUCGUUCCGGCUGGCAUGCCUGGUAUUCCCUCCAAUACUGGAGCAGCUGGUUCUGGGGCGAAGGCUUCUCUGCAGCAGGAGCGCGCAAAGCAAGAGGCAUUUCUGCAUCACCAGGAGGCUCAGCUACACAGGGAGGAAGCUCAGCGGCAUCAGCAGCAGGAAGCACAGCGUCAGCGAGAGGAAGCAGAAAGGCAGCAAAGAGAAAGAUACGAGGAGCAGCAGCGCAAUCCUGGGCAAGGGCAGCCAGGGCAACCGGAGCGGCAGAAGGAGCCUGACCAGCCCCCCACAGACUGGGUUCGCUACAAGACGCCGGACGGGCAAGUUUACUACCACAAUGAAAGAACGAACCAUACGGCUUGGUCGCUGCCGCCAGGAGCCACCUGCCGAGACCCCGCUGCACCUAGCCAACAAGGGAGCUCGCAAGCGCAGAGCAAGGAGGACGAUCCUUUUGCUGAUCUGAGGAAGCAGGAGGAGGAGAACCAAAAGCAGCACGAACAAUGGAAGCAGUGGUACCAACAGUACACGGCCUGGUACUCGCAGCAGGGUGCCGCAGGAGCAGCGGGGACGGCUGGCACAGAGUCCGGAAAGCAGGGCCAGUCGGGUCAGAAGAAGCAACAGCAGCAGAAGGGACCACAAGGUGAACAAACCGGUUAUGUACCGCCACGGGGACCUGCACCGCCGAAGCUGGAUGCGGCCUUCGAGGACCACGCUGUGUACCAGAUCAAGAGUUCCGUGCUCAAGGAGAUGGAGUCCAUGGUUAACCAGGGCCUGGAAGUUGCGAAGCGAAAGAAGGCUUUGAGGUGCCUUCAGCUAAGAUGGCACCCUGACAAGAAUCCGGACAAGUUAGAGGUUGCCAACAGCAUCUUCCAGUUCAUUGAAGAGACCAAGCCGUGGUUCCUCCAUGAUCCGAACGCUGAGUAG